CUAAUUUCAAUUAAGUCUCUCCCUCCCCACGUGUCCAGCCUUUCCAUCUCUCCACCUUUUGAUUUCUUUAAGCCAGCCAUCCAGGGUUUUUUGUAUUUCACUCUUUUUCUUUUGACUCCUUGCACUCUAUCUCAUGCGCUGCUGUCCCAUUUCUUGACUUUUAUUUUUGCCGCAAUUGUUUUUCUGAGUUUCGUUUUCACGGGGAAUGCUCAACCAGUCCCCUCCAUAAAAACCCCAAUCGGAUCCGCAUCUCUUCUCCGCAUCUCCAAACCAUCUCCCUCCAAUCCCACCCACCCAUUUUUCUCUCUCUCUCUCUCUCUCUCGAGUCGCGGCGUCACUCCCCCUACUGACUGCCACCAUGAUGAACGGCGGCGCCGCCGAGACCCCUCGGACAUUUGUGAAGGAAGUGAAGCGUAUCGUCAUCAAAGUUGGGACUGCUGUUGUCACAAGAGGUGAUGGAAGAUUGGCACUUGGAAGAUUGGGAGCGCUCUGCGAGCAGAUUAAAGAGCUGAAUUACCAGCAUUAUGAAGUCAUUGUUGUUACCUCUGGUGCUGUUGGCCUUGGCCGCCAAAGGCUGAAAUACCGCCAGUUGGUCAAUAGCAGUUUUGCUGAUCUCCAAAAGCCACAAGAUGGUCUCGAUGGUAAAGCUUGUGCUGCUGUUGGGCAGAACUGUAUCAUGGCCCUUUAUGACACACUGUUUAGUCAGUUGGAUGUGACAUCUGCUCAACUUCUCGUGACUGAUUCAGACUUUAGGGAUAAAGAAUUCAGGAAGCAACUUAAGCAUACUAUAGAGUCGCUGAUGUCGCUAAGGGUUGUUCCCAUAAUCAACGAAAAUGAUGCUGUUAGUACUAGGCGAGCACCAUACGAGGAUUCUUCUGGUAUAUUUUGGGAUAAUGAUAGCUUGGCAGCUUUGUUAGCACUGGAGCUGAACGCUGAUCUUCUUGUUCUGCUGAGCGAUGUGGAGGGUCUUUACAGUGGUCCACCCAGUGAUCCAGAGUCGAAGUUGAUUCGUACAUACAUUGAGAGAGUUCAUCUGGGUGGAAUCACAUUUGGAGACAAGUCCAGGCUGGGAAGAGGGGGCAUGACAGCCAAAGUAAAAGCUGCUGUAAUGGCGGCUAAGGCAGGUGUCCCUGUCAUUAUAACCAGCGGAUUUGAUCCUGAGAGCAUACUGAAAGUCCUCCAAGGAGAUGAUGUUGGCACUCUCUUUCACCGUGAUGCUCAUUUGUGGGUCAAAACCAAAGAAACAGGUGCUCGAGACAUGGCGGUUGCAGCAAGGGAAUGUUCUAGAAGGCUGCAGGCACUAUCUUCAGAAGAUAGGAAAAAGAUUUUGCUGGACAUAGCAAAUGCUCUAGAAGCCAAUGAAAAAGUAAUCAAGGUUGAAAAUGAGGCAGAUGUUGCUGCUGCUGAACAGGCUGGAAUGGAGAAGUCCUUGAUAGCACGGCUGGCUCUAAAGCCUGGCAAGAUUACAAGUCUUUCAAAAUCAUUACGUGUCCUUGCGAGCAUGGAAGAUCCAGUCGGUCACGUUUUAAAGACGACCGAGCUUGCAGAUGGUCUUGUGUUAGAGAAGACAUCAUCUCCUCUCGGUGUUCUGCUAAUUGUUUUUGAGGCUCGGCCUGAUGCACUAGUGCAGAUUGCUUCAUUGGCGAUCCGCAGUGGAAAUGGUCUCCUACUCAAAGGGGGAAAGGAGGCCAGGCGAUCAAAUGCAAUUUUGCACAAGGUGAUCACUGAUGCCAUUCCAGACCAUGUUGGGAGAAGGCUUAUUGGACUGGUGACCUCAAGAGAUGAAAUUCCUGACCUACUUAAGCUCGAUGAUGUAAUCGAUCUUGUCAUUCCUAGGGGCAGCAAUAAACUGGUUUCGACUAUCAAAGCAUCAACCAAGAUCCCUGUUCUGGGUCAUGCAGAUGGAGUCUGUCAUGUAUAUGUUGACAAGUCUGCUAAUAUGCAAACGGCCAAGCGUAUUGUAGUGGAUGCAAAAGUGGAUUAUCCAGCAGCCUGUAAUGCAAUGGAAACACUUCUAGUGCAUAAGGAUUUAGUGUCCUCUGGUGGCCUGAAUGAGCUAGCACUUGAACUUCGGAAUGAAGGUGUGGUUCUGCAUGGUGGGCCAAGGGCAAGCGAGGAGCUGAGCAUCCCAGAGCCGGCAUCAUUACAUCAUGAGUACAGUUCCCUUGCAUGUACUGUUGAGAUUGUUGACGAUGUGCAUGCUGCCAUCAAUUACAUACAUGGACACGGAAGUGCCCAUACUGAUUGCAUCAUAUCAGAAGACCGUGAAGUUGCAGAGACCUUUUUGAAACAAGUUGACAGUGCUGCUGUUUUCCACAAUGCCAGCACAAGGUUCUGUGAUGGAGCUCGGUUUGGACUUGGGGCAGAGGUUGGAAUCAGUACGAGUAGAAUCCAUGCUCGAGGCCCUGUAGGAGUCGAAGGAUUGUUAACAACCCGAUGGUAAUACCCGACACUCCAAUCUCCUUUCAUCCCCUGCCCACAUGUUUCAUUCCAUUUUUAAACAAAGAAGGACCCUUUUCUUUUCCUGAACAAGCUGCCCUAUUGCUCUACGUUGCAUUUGCAGGUUACUGAGAGGCAGUGGACAAAUAGUAGAUGGUGAUAAGGGUGUAACCUACACCCACAAGGACUUAACUACUGUAUAGCUUUCCAAGCAUCAUCACCAGAGGAAGAAGAUUGAGCACUUUGCUUGCCAUCUUAGCUGCGGGUUUAAUAAAACAUAUCAUCAUCAUCAUUAGGGGGUGUUUAUUAUUAUUGUUAGGGUGCCCUGUAAUCUCUGCCAUGACCUUAUGUUACUGAAUAAGUUCUCCAUUCUCUUCUAAGUUCCUAUUGUUGGAAGCGUUAAGUUAUUGUGGCGAAAGAUUUAAGUUAUGUGGGGCCUCUUCCGAUCCAUGACCAGUUUGUAGGCUGGCCAGAUUUGGGAACGUGGAGUUUGGGAUCUUUUGAGUGUCUCUUUUGGCCCCCCACACUAGUAGUUAGGAAAGCUCAUUGUAAUGCAGUUGGAUAUUUUAAGGUUUUAACAUUUUCUGUUGUCAUCUCUUUCUUAAGCUGUAGGUUUCUUCUGUUAGGGCUGAUAAUGAGGUUAAAUAAAGACUUGUCAUAUGUGAUAUGCGUUUGUUUAAGUUCUGAGCCUGG